AUGGUGGGAGGCGAGACGCCCUCUUCGCCCCCGCCCCGGAGCGGCGGCUGGGGCAGUCUGCGCGAGGAGCUGGACUACUACAAGACGGCGUACGAGACGCUCGACGCGGAGCUGCAGGAGUUCCAGUCGUCGAGCAAGGAGCUAGAGGCCGAGCUCGAGCGCGACGUCGAGGAGAGCGAGAAGCGCGAGCGCAAGCUGCAGGAGAAGGUGGAGCGCCUGGGCUUCGAGGCCGAGGAGUGGAAGACAAAGUACAAGCAGAGCAAGACCGAGGCCAACCAUGCGCAAAACACGCUCCAGAAAGAGAUCACCAGCCUGCGCGAUGCCCAGCGGACACUGCAGCUCAAGCUGCGCGACAUGGAAGUCCAGAACGACGACUUCGAGCGCCAGACGCGCAACCAGUCGUCGUCGCUCGAGGACGUCGAGACAAAGUACAACGUGGCCAUUGAGCGCGAGGUCAUGCUGGAGGAAGAGAUCAAGAUCGGCGAGCGCGAGCGCGAAGGCCUGCGCAUCGAGACGCAGCGCCUGCGAGACGAGCUGUCCGACCUGAAGAUUGAGUCGGACAUUACGCAGGAGAAGCUGCGGCUGGCCGAGGCUACCAUCGAGAAGCACCACCAGCGCACCGUCUCCAACCAGCUGGCCAAGGACUCGUCGACGCUGCGCCCGCGCUCGCCCAUGUCCGAGGCAUCCACCACCACCACGAACCUGUCUUCGCCGACCGCCGCCUCCACCCCACCCUACAUGCAGCCAGACGCCCUGCGCUCAGACUCGACGCCGCCCUCGCCGCCGCUGUCCGAUGCACCGCUCGCCAUCAGGCCCAUACCCUUCACGCCCCUGGUGCCUACCAGGAAGGCCUCGAUGGCACCGCGCGACCCAGCUGCCACGCCCAGAGCCGGCGCCUUUACCCGCCCACGACACACCCGAGGACCGAGUGUUUCUGGCAUACCCGCUCAAGGCGCAAGCGCGGGUGGUCGACGCACGCCUUCCGUCAUGCGCCCGCCCAGCGCCGUGCCAGGACAGUGGCCAGCUCGACCCAGCCUAGGAGGCAAUACGCCGGCAGCUGGCUUGCCGAGAUCCGGCUCUCUCUACCAGAUUCGAGGCCUGAUUGGCAAGAUGCAGAAGCUCGAGGAGCGCGUGCACUCGGCACGCUCCAAGCUGCCUGCGCCGACUCUGACCCCUCCACGGGCGAGCCCUCGAGCCCCGAGUGUGUCCAACAACUACCUGCCGAGCUCGGUCCAAGUCAGGAAACGCGCAUCGCAGGCUUCCACCUCAGCCUCAUCCGUCCAAGACACUCCGAGUGGUGGUGUAAGCCGGCUCUCGUUCGGUGUACCGUCCAACGCAAGCACCAGUCGGCCCAGCAGUCGGGCGUCGCUGUCCUCGACACCUCAGCUACCCCGGCCCACAAGCAGGCCCAGUCCGGUAGGCAGGAACAGCGCGCGCACGCCUGGCACCCGGACACCUGGUACGCGCACGCCCAGCGCACGCACGCCCAACACGCGCAAUCCCCUGGGCCACCACUCGUCAGCGUCCAUGAGCGGCCGGAUAGGAAAGGCCCCGCCCCCGAUAUUGCACCUGCACGAAGGACGGCAGUUUGGCCGCACCUCUCUGAAUAGGCAUCCGAGCGACUACGGCCAUGCGCAAUCUCUGUCCCUGACACGAAGCGAGACGGGCAGCGACAAGAGCGACGAGGGCGAGAUCAAGACGCCGCUCGGGCGACGUCUGACGCUGGAGAGAAGCGGGAUCCCCACCCCAGGGAGCGCACUGUCGAGGAAACAGAGCGUCGGAAGACGGAUCAGCGCGAGCAUGGACGGCGGCAUGGGGCCGCCAAUACGUCCGCGCAAGAUGUCGACGUACGAGGAGGAGACGUACUAG